GUGUGUGUUGUAUGAAAUGGGAUGAGAAGUCAUUGUUUGCGCUCUUGCAGUUUUUGUGAUGUGAUUUAUAUUGUAAGGCUGGUGCUAGCUGUCGUCCGGCUCUUUAAAACCCAAACAGUGACUGAUUGUGGAAGCUUCAAAACAGGAACUGAACAUUGAGGACGGAAGGGAGGGACCUGGAUCUAAUAAGAGUACGGGACUAACAAAAUAUGGAAUUACAGUGUGACUCGUUCACUUUAUCCAACAUUAUGACUGACUUAGAGAUCAUGAGGAGAGAGCUCCCUCUUGAGGCUGCUGAAGGAAAGUCCCUCCCAGAUGCGAUUAGAGAGAAGUAUUUUGACGAUGAGCCUCUCUCUGGGAUGAUCUUGGGAGGAGUUUCGGUUGUUUCCAAUUUACCCUCAAUGAAAGACUCAAGCUCGGGCAAAGUGCGACUCCCACAAUGCCUUUCACUCAAUUACAGUUGCAUUGUGGGAGCAGGGGCCAUUGGUGAAGUAGAGACUCUGUGUAAAGAUGUCAAGGAGUUAGAUCUCGCUGAGAACAAUCUAAGUGAAUGGAAUGAGGUGCUGUCAAUCACUACUCAGAUCCCACAACUGAAAUUUCUCAACCUCAGUUCCAAUCCUCUAAGCAGAGAUCUUCCCCCUGAGUUGACUCCCAUUACUUCAUUGGCGACCAUCACAAGUCUUGUCCUGAACAACACUAAGAUACCAUGGCAAACACUUCAUACUGUACUCGACAGCACACCAACGUUGGAACAGCUUCACUUAAGCCUUAAUGACCAUGGCAGGGUCUCUCUACCUAACAGAAGCUACACUUCAGUCAAACUCUUACAGUUCAACCGCAAUCAAAUCACAAAAUGGCAAGAAGUUUCCAAACUUGGGAAAAUGUUUCCCAACUUGGAAUCCUUGUUUCUCUCUGAGAACAACCUGACUGGGCUGUCGGACUGCAUCGGGGAGCACUUCUCCUGUCUGCAAAGUCUUUGUGUUAGUGAGACAGGGAUCGGUACAUGGGAGGAGAUUGAUGCUCUCAACUCAUUCCCUUCUCUGACCGAGAUUCGACUGACUCAGAUACCACUGUUGGAGCAUUUCAAUGAGACAGAGAGACGUCAGUUGACGUUGGCUCGCUUAGCUAGAGUCACACGAUUGAAUGGGAGUCGGAUUAAAGAUCCAGAGCGUGAAGCUGCAGAAAGGGCUCUCAUUAGAUUCUACAUGAACCAACAAGUCAAACCUCAAAGGUACCAUGAUCUGGUGGCUGUAUAUGGAACACUUUCAGCCCUAGCUGAGGUCGACCUUCGACCCAAGACAAAAGUCACUUGCAAUGUCAGCUUUGAGGACAAAGUCCAGAAAUUUGAGAUCAAUCUGAAGCAGACUUGCAGCCAGUUCAAACAAAGCUUGCAGGAUUUUGUUGGGCUUCCUUCAUCAAAGUUUAAUGUAUUCCUUAGUGACCCAGAAGUUUGCUAUGGCCCUGACAGGAUGCAGUUUCCAUCUAAGAUGCUAUACACUUAUAAAAUCAGAGACGACCAUGAGUUUAUUGUGAUUAGUAAGCCCUAAAAAUAGUCUGCUUGUACAAAAUUCUAAAAUUAUGAUACAUAUUUCAUAUUUAAUAUAUUCAAUCUCACAGAAAGCACUAGUGUCAAGAUUGAUACUUUUAAUUAACUAAGAUUUUUAAGGGUGAAAAACAAGUAUGGUUUAUUUAGAUCUGCCCCAUAUAAUUAGGUAGUACAGUCACCUUGAUCAAGUCCGAUUACUCAAUGAGGGUGGACAUUUUGACUUUGCAGUUUGAUCGGUGUAAACUUGGCAAUUUCUACAUUAUGUGUCAAAUUGGAAAAAAGUAGAUAGACAGUGUUAUGCAUUUAUUUGUUUUGUUUUAAAUGUUUCAAAAGCUUAUUUUGAAGCAGCUUUCUCAAUAACAUUGUAUAGGUAAAAUAUAGAUUUUAAAUUUGCAUCGGGAAAAAAAGAAUAUUAAUUUUAAGGUAGUAUCAAGGUGCAAUUCUGUCUCCCGCUACAUGGACUAUUUUGUGAAUCAGUUGGUAACCUUUGACCUGAUUAAAACAUUAUUUUACAGAAGACUUAUUAUUUAUUGAACCCACAUGACACGUGAUCAAUAUUCCAAGCCUCAUUUAUCAGCAAAAGUAAGGAAUACUUUGUACCUAAAGUGUACAGAGAAUUAACAAGACAAAAUGACAAAAAAGAGUGGAAGACAAAUCUGUUCCCAUUAUACCUUCCAACAAUUAAACAUAAUUAUGGUCUUAAAGUCUUUGCUUUGUAAAAAACAAUGUCUUCCAAAAUUUACCACAAAUGGAAAGGUUUUACUGUAGGCCUACCAAGCCAUUUGGUUUACAAAAAUGCCCUUUGGUAGGUGCUUUCUAUGCCAAGAAUGAAAACAAAUCCUCAGUUCAUUGCUUAUGGAAAAUUUGUAUGAAAAACGUUUAUAUAGGAAGAUUGCAGAAUUACAAAAUUAAUGGUUUAUAAAGAGGUUAAGGUUUCAUGAAAGAUGCAUGUAGUAUAUUCUUUCAAAUGCAUUCAAUCACGUCGGGAUUGUAUGUGUAUUUCCCUUGCUAUUUAGUUAGUGUAUUUGAUUAGGCCCACAUUUGAUGCAGUAUAUUUUGCAUUUAAAAAAAAUGAAAUUCUCAGGAUUUUCAACUGAUCUGCUGAGAUUGUUUGAGUAUAUAAUCCCGACUUGUGGUGAAAAACAAAGAUAAAAUAAGGUUUAGAGUAAAAAGGAUGAAAUAUAGUUGAAUGUACUUGCCUAAGUAAUAUGUCGCAAUAGUAUAUAUCCUAAUUUUUAAUUUAUAAUAGAUUUUAAUAUAAUGUUGUAUUUUGACACAUAAACUCAUUUAUUGUACUUCGUAAACAAUUAUGUUCGACCCAUUAUCACACAUUCUCUUAUUUCAAAAUAAACCCAAUCGGAAAUGUUUAACCAAUAACAUGUUGUGUUAAAAUGAGGGUAUAUCUUUUGUUUUAAUUCCAGAGACUAUAAAAACUUACUUGGAAAGAAUUACUAUGUGUUGGAGUGAUUCAAAAGCUUAUUUUUACUGCCUAUUAUUAUUGUAUAUUUCUACACAAAGAGGGUAAAACAAUCAAUUAAUGGUUCACAAUUCAAGGAUUACUUUAUCCAAAAUAUAGUACAAUAUUAAUGGGGAUCAGGUUUUAAAUUGUAUUGACUUUUAUAUUUCAAGUUUAAGGGUUUCAGUAGGUAAACCUCCAAGACGGUAGAACUUAAAACACAAUUAAUAACUGUAUAAAAUAAUGAUUGUUGUAAGAUCUUUUCGUCUGCUAUGAAUAAAUUACCAAGACAGUUUAAAAAAAUUA